CGCCGCCGCCGCCACCGCCGCCGCCGCCCGCCUGCCCGCCCGCGGGACAAAGCCGAGAGCCCGCGCCCAGAGCCAUGUCCUCGUCCGCCGGCAGCGGCCACCAGCCCAGCCAGAGCCGCGCCAUCCCCACCCGCACCGUGCCCAUCAGCGACGCCGCGCAGCUACCUCAUGACUAUUGCACCACGCCCGGGGGGACGCUUUUCUCCACCACGCCGGGAGGAACCCGAAUCAUUUAUGAUAGGAAGUUUCUGUUGGACCGUCGCAAUUCUGCCAUGGCUCAGACCCCGCCCUGCCAUCUGCCCAAUAUUCCCGGAGUCACUAGCCCUGGCACCUUAAUUGAGGACUCCAAAGUAGAAGUAAACAAUUUGAACAACUUGAACAAUCAUGACAGGAAGCAUGCAGUUGGGGAUGAUGCUCAGUUUGAGAUGGACAUCUGACUUCCCUGCAAGGAGGAGAAGAAAAGCAGCAACACCAAUGCCUAUGUGUACCUGAUUUGCCUGUAGGAUCAAACAGUGAAAAGACACAGAGGCAGUACCAGCAUCCCUAAUGCAGUCUCCCCCUCUCACUCCUCCUCUGGUGCCAAAUGAUGGGAAGAUGAGAUUCAUCUGACCAUUUCUCCUCCCUGUUUCCUGUCCCCUGCCCAGUUAGAUUAGCCUGAAGGCCCUUGGGGUAUUUCCUUAGCACUAAGCAGUCCAUAGAGGAAAACUAACUGUGGCUUCACUGGUCAUUUUUCUAUUGAAACCACUCUCCACUUAAAUUUAUCCCAAAGCUAGUCUCAUUCUACCAUCUGGGAUAUGGGGGAUACAGAGGUUUGGCGAGUUUAUCGUUAUUUGUGUCCUUUUCUUUGUCUCUCUUCCUUGAACCCCACUUGUGGUUCAGUACUGGGUUUGGGGUCUUUAAAACCAGAAGGGGGAAAUGAUAAAAAGAGAGCUGCUUUCCCUUUUGAGUUGAGUUUUGUCCUUAGGGGCAGCGUUUUGUGCAACUCUGGUAGCAUUACCCUGUGACACUGUUUUGAAGUCCACUUCCCCUCUUUCCUCUGGGAGGAGUGUCUUCUGUCUUUGGUAUUAUAGUUCAUCUUCCCAUUCCUUUACUUAGUGCAAAUAAAUGUGUGCAGAUACUUUUAAUCUUCACCACCGAAGGGAGUCCUUUGGUAACCAGGUGUACUUUACUAUUCUUCUGCCAUUCCUCCCUGCUUGAAUCUUGUUGCUGGCAGAGUUCUCUGUACUGUGAGAUCUCCAGGUGAUUUUGGUCUGCUCCCAGAGCAGGUCCAUAUUAAGGAAUUGAGGCACUUUGGCCUCCACAUGGUGGAUAAGGCCCAAUCGUAGUAUUCUGCCAGAUAAUACCUAAGAAUGACCUUUGAAGACUGUUGAUCCAUUUUAGUACCCAGUUUCAGUAGUCACUGUUAUAAAAUCCAAUCAACAUUAUGAUAUUUGUUCUUUUAGAUUGCAGUUUUUUCUAUUUUGAGUUUAAAGUCGACUUUCAAAAUGUUCUUAGAAAAGAACUACGUAUUUUUCCUGUUUGGAUCUGCUUUGUUUGGCUGCUGGGAUAAAUAAGCAUGGGCUUAAAAAUGUGUUCCUCCCAGUUUUUUUACCAUUCCCAUCAUACUCUGAAUUUUCACCUUCCUUUCUUCCUCCCUUCCUCCCUCCUCCUUUUCCUUCCCUUUCCUCUACCAGGCUGUCUUUCAAAUAUACAUCAAAGAUACCUCAAGUGUUGGUAUCUGAUAAUAUCUGUCACUCCUCUUAAGUGAGGAGUGACCUUUUAUUUUUAAGAGGACUACAGACCUAUUUUUAGAUAUGUUUUCAGUACAAUUUUGAACAGCAACUUUUUAACUAAACAUCUUCCAAUGUUAGGAAGGUAAGAAAUGUCCAUAGGCGAGUCUGCUGUUCCAUGUCACCAUCCUUUGUAUUCCCCAGUUCCUUCUGAACGCUUUCCUUCCCCCUUAAGUUUUGGGUGUGUGUGUUUGGAAUUUGUCGUGAGUGGUUUAUAAAACUGGACCAUUCUGCCUUGCUGUGGCUUGUUCAGGAUAGCCGUGUUCUUCUCCUUACCCCCACCCCGUCUGCUGUCUUCCCCACCCGACUCUCCUGGUACUAUUGACUGGCACAGUAAUCCCAGGAAAGUGCCUCCUUCAAAGACUGAUGCCUCCAUCCCCUCAGAGGAAGGCAAGUGAAGUAGCCACUGGUGUUCUGGGAGUUUGUGGUUGGCUUGGGUGCCCUGCGCUCUCUUAUUAAGAGACCAGAUCCCAGGUGGAAGUAACAGUUCCACUGACUAGGAAAGAAAGCUGUUUUUCUUUUGAACUAUGAAAAGACCCUACUUAUGAAGACCUUUUAGACAGAAGAGAAGAAGGAUGUCUGCAGAACUUUGUUCUGUUUUCUGCUACAAAAAUGUGAAUAGUUCAAAGAGUAAAAAUCUUUUAAUGGUUGAUAUCUCUCAGGAAUAAGCUGGAUCUCCAGUGUUUUGGGGAUGCUUUGAGUCUCAAAAUUGAUAAUCAGAAAAGUAUUUUUUGUUUGUUUGUUUGUUUAAUGUAUCCCUGUUCUGAUUUUAAUUAAAUUCCAAAUUUCGCUU